AUGAUUAUUCCUCCUUCUCCACAGCUUUUGUUGCAUGUUGAUGAUCAGUUCUAUGGCCAACAGAUUUUCAGGAAGGAACCUUCAAUUUUACCAUCAGAAGAACUUCGAAAACAGCGAGAUUCAUUCAUUUUUGUAGAUUUAGGCCUUAUGUGCCUAAAUGGACAAAAUCCUAGAGUCAGAAAGUCUAUAAAACAAACAUUAACUCUUUUAUCAGCAUUUUUUGAAAUUCCAAAUCCAGGAAUUCCACUUUUCUUCGGUGUUUUAUCAAAUGCAUUAGGUAACAUCCCAUCUUCAUUAUACUUUUUCCAACUUGCCGCUCAAAGGGGCAGCACAAUUGCAAUGAAUGCAAUAGGAGUACUUUAUCAACGUUAUUCCGCUUCAAUACCAGAUCAAACAGUCAAUACUUUCCAAGAAGCUCUCAAGUGGCACAAAAGAGCUCAAAAAUCAGGCUCCCUUGAUGCUUUAUCUCAUCUUGGUGACUUAUUUUACUCAAAUAGCGAUAAAAUCAAAGCAUUACACUACUACUUACAGCAUUUCAAAGCUACUCAUAGUAUUUCUUCCGCUAAAAAAUGCGCAGCCAUUUUCAAAAAACAAAAACAAUUCGAAGCUUCAAAACAGAUGCUCAAAUUAGCAGCAGCUCAGGGUGACAAAGAAUCAGUACUAGAUAUGAUCGACAUAUUACAAAACGAAAACGACUCUUACGAAUACAAAUUAUGGGAAAGUAUCAGAAUUCAAUAUAAUAUUCAGAUUCCUCAACCACAAACAUUCUCACAUCUCAUGAGUGCUUCACGGCAUAGAGAUAUCGGGCUUCCGCCUUUCGCUGCCGCUGCAAAUAUACUUUCAUUAGGAGAUCCUUUUGGACAAAUCGAUAAUACACAGAGAUUACUACAGAAUCUUACAACACUUACGUUCUGUCAUGAUGAUACUCCCAAUUUCCCUACUGAUCCCAGUUUUGUUGAAAAACCAUCUCCGGCUUUUUACCCUUCCACGAACAGGACACGACUUUUACUACUGGCGUUCCAAUAUACGUCAGCCAACUUCUCAGAAAGGAACUUAAAUCUUGCUAGUUUAGCAUUAAAAACAUUAAAUGAAAUAUCUCCUAAAGGUAUAUGCGAAUCCAAGCUUUGGCAAUCAAAGUACAAGUACCCACGUGAUACGGAUUAUGCUAUUAUUGGUUUUAUUUCAUAUAUUCUCGAUGACUUUAAAUCUGCAUUAGAAUUCUUCGAAGCAGGUGCCAAAAAAGGCUGUAGAACAUGCGCACUGAUGGCCGGAAUCAUGUUAUUCCAUGGUAUAGGCUUCCAGGCUAAACCGGACUUCGCUUGCUACUAUUUCGCACAAUGUCCGACCGACCCAUUAUCGUUACUUCACCUGGGAACUUCCUGUGACGAUGAAAUUUGGCUGACAAGGGCUGCAAAAUUUUUGGGUCUGCCGGCCGAUAGCGGAAGAGUCUUUGAGUGGGCGGGAGAUGCAUUCAUGGAAGGUACUAAAGUACCACAGAACAGACAGAUAGCUCAGAUGUGGUAUGGACUUGCAUAUUCAAAAUACAAAAAAGGUAAUGAGGAUAUGAGCGAAUUUCUCACCAAAGUUAAGGAAGUUGCAACUCUCUAA